AAAUGCUUAAAUGAGAAACCAAUUAAAACAAACCAAACAGAGAUUUUUUAUUUUUGUUUGGUAAUAAUUGUUCAUCCUCUUCCAAACCAAUCGAAACUUAUAAAACCAAACAGAGAACCGGCAUGCAUCCGUACUCCGUAGAUCAGUUGGGAAAAAGUUUUGGGGCUGUUAUUUGCUUUUGUAGAUUACCCAUGAGGGCCGUUGCCUGGUUAACCUGCUCCGCCGCUCGCCACCAUCGUUAGCCGUUGCAGAUUCCGGAUCCGCACUUGUAUCUCUUUCUAAAAGCUAACGCCGUUGGUAUCUUCGUCGCAUACAGAGCCGGGCGUAUUACCGGCGGCCUUAUCCGAGGGUUUUGACCUCGUGCCGCAAAAUCAAUUGGUCUCAGGUUUGGCGCCUCAUUAUAUUCACAGUUUCCAGUGGCUGAGGUAAACUGCAAAUGGAUGGCCUGUUGACUGGUGAACCCUCCCAUCAUGGAAUAUUGAAAGGGAAGUUUGAGGGUUCUCAUGAAAAGCUUGAAAAAUGUGGUCGUUGUUGGUAUCUCUCAAGGAAGGAAAUUGAUGAAAAUUCCCCUUCUAGACAUGAUGGCAUUGAUCUGAAAAAAGAAAAUUAUCUACGGAUAUCAUACAGCACAUUCUUGCAAGAAUUGGGUGUGGCCCUUAAAGUGCCUCAGUUUACAAUCGCUACGGCAAGUGUCUUUUGUCAUCGUUUCUUCCUUCGUCAGUCCCAUGCAAAAAAUGAUUGGAGGAUUAUUUCCAUAGCAUGUAUGUUUCUAGCGGGUAAGGUGGAAGAAACUCCCCAUCUUCUAAGAGAUGUCAUUGUUGUGGCAUAUAAGAUUAUACAUGCAAAGAAUGCCGAAGAAGCCCAAAGGGUCAAACAAAAGGAGGUGUAUCAGCAAAAAAAGGAACUUAUUUUACAGGCAGAAGGAGUAGUUCUGGUAACGCUUGAUUUUGACCUCAUUGUACGUCAUCCAUACAAGCUCCUUGUUCAGGCCAUUAAGAAAAUUAAGGUCGCACAAGAUGCACUUGCUCAAGUUGCAUGGAACUUUGUCAAUGAUGGGCUCAGGACAUCUAUAUGCUUGCAAUUCCAGUCCCACCAAAUUGCAGCUGGUGCUGUUUUCCUAGCAGCUAAACGUCUCAAACUAAAGAUUCCAUCUGGUGGGGAGAAUCCAUGGUGGCAGGAGUUUGGUGUCACCAUACACCAAUUGGAGGGUGAUUGAAUGCAUGCAUUUGAUUGUAGAGAUUGGUUACACAUCAUGGACUAGAAUGAAUGAAUGAGCAAAUGUUUCAAAAUGUUAUGAGAUUAUGGCAUGCAACUAAUUUAUAUUAAUUUGCCUUAUUUAUGUUAUAUAUAUAGCAUUUGAGAGGUAAAAGUUAAAACCAAUCUGGGUUGUUCGGUUGCGCAGUCAUGUUGCAUUUUUGUACGUUAUUAAUAUUUUUUUAAAUAUAUGUGUUGUUUUCCUCCCUUUUAACUGGAGGUAGUGGGUGUUCCAUGCUUUGCAGAUUACUGCAAACAGAUGCUAGAGUUGUAUGAGAGGCGUGAAGCACAACCAUUGAAGCAGCAGACUGCUAGUGGAUCUGAAGGAGGGGGGUAGUGCGCUGACGGCUCUAGCUGCUGCUGCUAGUGAAGAACGAGCCACCAGUUACAUUUGUUCCUCCUCCCGUGGUGGUGACAGUGAGACUAACACCAAUGCGAGCAGCUGCCGGAAAAGAAAACAAGAAAGCUGGCAGCCCAAAAUGUCAAGACCACCACCACCACGAUCUGAUAAAGACAAUGCCCUUCAAAAAGAGGCUGCCACUGCUGUCACACAUUGUAGUCAAGCUAUAAUGCAUCAUGGAAAUGAUGAUCUUGAAGAAGGGGAAGUUGAACCAUCUCACCCGGAAGGCCUCUCAUUACCUCAUACUAUUCCUUCCACUAGAAUGGAAUUGAAUUUGGGUUAAUGAGGGAGGCUUGCGAGAAGAAAAAAAUCAAACAUAUGCUGCAAAGAUCAACCAUCUUAUUCCCUUUGAGUCAUAUAUCUGGAGCACAGCACACCAUAUUUGAGGUUUUGAAGUUCUGAUCCUCAUUCAUAACUAGCGUUUACAAAUGCAACACAUGUGGUUUCACUGUUGUUUUCAUUUUUUUGUACCCUCCUCUCUUAAUUAUGGUGUCUUACUGCCUUCUCCUCACUAUAUUACUCCUAUUGAAAGUGAAGGAGUGGCGGCCAACUUUGUCACUUUGAUAUUCCUUCCACAUUUGUACAUGCAAAAAAAGAAUCACAUUUGUGAGGUUACCGUG